AUGGCGGAAGAAAGACCGGUUUGCGUGCACAUCUCUGAAGAGUGCCCCAUCGAAUACACUGUUUACGGUUACCGUCCGAGUCUUUGGGUCAACGCUCUGCUGGCAUCACUCUUCACCAUGGCCUUUUUCGCCAACAUAUGGCUCGGCAUUCGCUUCCGUAUCCGCGCCUAUAGUAUUGUUCUUACCUUGGGUUGUUUGGCGCAAAUGAUAGGUUAUGGCGCAAGAAUCGGAAUGUACUUCCUGCCCUUCAACGCCAUCCCUUUCCAAGCGCAAGUCUGCUGUCUCAUCAUUGGCCCAGCUUUCAACAGUGCGGCUGUGUAUCUCAUGCUCAAACACAUCAUUGCACUGUUCGGCCCCGAGUGGUCCCUGCUUAAGCCGAAGCUGUACACUAUCAUCUUCAUCGGCGCCGAUAUAGUGUCAUUAGUCCUGCAGGCUGCAGGUGGUGGGAUCGCUGCGACUACUGCUAUUGGCGACGAUGAUAUGCUGAAUCUCGGAAACAACAUUAUGAUGGCUGGUAUCGCCUUUCAGGUGGUUACCUUAUCGGUGUUUGCAUUGCUGGCCACAACAUUCUGCAUUAGGCGUGUGCGAGCUGUCAAGUCUUACCCCUUGAGUGGUAAUGCACUUCAAACUUGGCAGGCCAUACGUUUCCGUUGGUUUGUGUGCGGUCUGUUUACAGCGUUUUUGACGAUCUAUAUUCGUUGCGUCUAUCGAAUUGCCGAGAUGAAGGGUGGGUGGGGGAACCCAAUGAUGAAAGAACAAAUUCAUUUCAUUAUACUUGAAGGACUUAUGAUUCUCAUCGCAACAUUCUCUCAAACUAUUCUCCAUCCUGGGCCCUUAUUCCCUGCUUUUACGAACCGCGAUUGUCAGCAUGAUACAGUCGACUCAUACACCGAACUGCCCAUUGUACCCAAGUACACAGUGUAG